UCUCCCAAGAACACAAAGAGAGAGAGAGAGGGGGGGAGAGGGAGGAUAUCAUACGCCAGAAUCUGGACUUCAUCUAGUGCAGCAAGAUCGGUUUCUCUCUCCUCCGUUUGCCGAAGGAGAGGAAGAAGAAGAAGAGGAGGAAGGGUGGAAGCUAUUAAGAAGAAGAAGGAAGAAGCAUCAACGUUGGAAGAUUGUUGCGGAUGAUGAUGAUGUUGGUGGUAUGCGACUGUUUUGAGAACAGAGAAGGAGGGGGAGAAGGGUAGGGGAGUAAGAGGACGACAGUGAAUUCUUGUUUGGUUGGUUGGUUGGUCGGUCGGUGGACCUGCAGAAAGGGUAGGGAAGCAAGGGGAAGAGAGAUGGCAGAUAAAACCAAGGGUGGAGUGAGCGAUGGUGGUGCUAGCGGUGGUGGUGGUGGUGGUCCAGGUUUCCUAGCUUCACUUCCUCCUUCUGCUCGGCCGACAAUUACCCUUCCUGGAAGGACCUCCAUGGAGGCCUGCUUCAAGGGGGAGAUUAGCCCUGGUCCCAUGACCCUUGUUUCUUCCUUCGCUGAACACGAUUCCUUCGCACAGCUGCUUGCCGACGCUAUGGCCUCUCCCAACGCCUUGACCACGACUGGCCGCACCGGCGGCAGAGAUGGCGCAGGUGGAGAGGGAGGCCUGAGGUUCAAGCUGGGAAGUCCCCUAGGACUCGCCCUCCUGAGCCCUCAGUCCCCGUUCGUCAGCAUCCCGCCGGGACUCAGCCCCGCUACUCUUCUCGAUUCGCCUGUUUUCCGCCAUCCUGCUGGUCAGGGCCCUUUUGGAAUUUCCCACCAACAAGCAUUGGCGCAUGUUACAGCCCAAGCUGUUCAGUCCCAGGCCCAUAUGCACCUGCAAUCCGAUUAUACAUCUGGACAACAGCCCAUGUCAAUGCUUCCAUUUUCACAAGCAGCUGUUCCUGGGGCUGGACCAGCUCCUGUUCAAGAGGUGCCAUCCGGUAAUGCUGAUGAGAAAACCAAUACCUCAGAAACAACUGAAUACGCACAUUCGAACCAGAGAACUCAACAGCACCCGGUUGCUGUUGAUAAGCCCUCCAGUGAUGGGUAUCACUGGAGAAAGUAUGGACAGAAGCAGGUAAAGGGGAGUGAAUUUCCUAGAAGCUACUAUAAGUGCACAUCUCCUAAUUGUCCUGCUAAGAAGAAGGUAGAGCAUUCUCUUGAAGGUCAAGUGACAGAGAUAAUCUACAAGGGUCAACACAACCAUCAACCACCUCAGCCCAGUAAACGUGCGAAAGGUGGUGGGUCCACUGAUGUCAACGGGAACUUCAAUUUGGUAAAAACUGAAAUGGGGACGCAAGACUAUGUGGCGAAUGCCAGCAGAGAAGAAAUGAAGGUUAAGAAGAAUCAAGAUGGGGAACAGUCAUCUGCCUCAAGUGAGGAUGAGGAAGGCGGGGAUGAUACUAGAACAGAUGAUGGGGAUGAUGGCGAACCUGAUCCAAAAAGAAGGUGCAUUGACACUGGAGUGACACAGGCAGCUGCUCCACACAGGACAAUCAUGGAGCCCCGUAUUAUUGUGCAGACAACAAGUGAAGUUGAUCUUUUGGAUGAUGGCUACAAAUGGCGGAAGUAUGGACAGAAAGUUGUGAAAGGAAAUCCACAUCCCAGGAGUUACUACAAAUGCACAAACGCUGGUUGCAGUGUCCGAAAACAUGUCGAGAGAGCAUCAACAGAUCCGAAGGCAGUCAUAACAACAUAUGAAGGAAAACACAACCAUGAUGUGCCUGCGCCAAGAACUAGCAGCCACCAUACAGUCAAUCCAGGAAGUUCCAGUAACAAUACAUUGCCAAAGCCAGUGAAUCCUCCCGUAUCUGACAAACCUGCUACUCUGAAAAUGCUCUCUUGGGGAAACAAUGAGCAACAGCAUGUGACAACACUUCAGAGUGGGAGUUUCGUGUUACCUAAGCAUGAGGUUGAUGCCGGUCAAAGCAACAAUGCAUCACAAAAAUAGUCUUUCUUUUUCCUUUUUCUUUUUUGCCCAUACAUUUUUUUGGCUAUUGCAUGCACCUUUUGCCCGUGGUGGAAGCACAUAGAAAUAUCAGAAGCUGCAUAAAGAGCUUGCUAGGCAAGUUGUUGUACUUGUUAACACCACAGUUGUUUAUUAAAUUUAAAUUGUAUGGUAGUCCUGUUCAUCUGUAUAUUAGGAUGCUUGGUGAGGUGGGUGUACUUCUUACUUAACGGCUGCAAGUUGAGGUUGGUGGAUUUUUUUUUGUGUCUU